AUGAGCCGAGGAUCUAUUUCCAGUUGGCAGGAUUAUGGACGUAGAAGUUCUCAAACGAUGCCGCAGUUCAGUGGCGGUCCGGUGGAGUUUAUGACCUGUGACGAUAUUCAAUACAAAAGGGACAAUGGUUGGUUCCUAUCGUAUACAAAGAUAGCUGGAAUUAUCGUAGUUUUCAUAAUCGGUGUCGUUGCCGCGGGAUGCCUCGGUUGGUACAUAAAUUCUCUACCAAAAAAAAAGCCUUACGACACCAUGGAUUUGCUCAACGACGAAAUCGAGGACACUGAGAAUUUACUGGAGACUCUGACCUCGCCUUUCAUUCGUCCUCUGAAAUAUCGUCUUCAAUUAAUGCCAAUAAUUAAUAUAAACAGCGUGUCGCACCUAAAAGGCUAUGUAGUUAUCGAGUUUCAAGUAAACGACACAACCGGUUUAACUAAACUGUCCUUAAACGCGAAGAACAUCACGGUAGCGCGAUACAAACUGUCGUCAAGGGAUCAAGGCGAGGAUCGGACACGAUUAAAGAAGAAACGAAGAAGGAGUGACGACAAAGAGAGUAGUUAUGAGGAUCAUCAGGACAGAAAACUGGUUAGAAAGGAUAUAUAUUCCGCCGAGAGCGACUUACUUUUAACAGUAUCGGAGAACGAAACCGUUUUAUCGCAAGAGAACACAGAACGUGCAACGGAAAGUUUGUCGGCCGAUGAGGGAUUCGAAACAUCGUCGUCGAAAGAUUACGAUGCUAGAAGUGCAAACCAUUCCGAUGUUAAAGAACCGUAUCCUGACGUUCCGGCAUUUUCCUCGUCGGAAAUAGCGAUUACACAAUACAUAAUAGACGACGAUAAAGAAAUUCACACGAUUUUCUUAGAGACGCCGAUUCAAGAAGGAAUUUAUUUGCUGGAAAUUGAUUAUCACACGUGGAUCGAUGAUAAUGCGUUUUUUAUUGCCAAUUACACCGCGUCUGACCAAGAACGGUGGUUGAUGGGAACGAAGUUAAAACGUUUCGGAGCAAGAUAUCUUCUGCCAGUUUUCGACGACACGGAUCAGAAGGUCGUUUUCUCCGUAUCUGUGGCACGUCCCAAAGAAAUGAGUGUCCUCUCGAAUAUGCCUCUGAGAACUUUGCGAGACACCGUGAAUUCAACAAUGGUGAUCGACACGUUCGACGAGUCUCCUCCGCUCUCGCCCCACAAUUUAGCAUUUCUGAUGGGCCACAUUGAGAAUAUGGGCGCGACAUUCAUAGGGGGCACAAAAGUAGUGGCGACAUUCUGGAGUGACUCGAUGAGACGCUCGCAGGGGAUUUACCUCUUCGACAAACUGGAGCCGGCUGUCAUUAACCUGAUUGACGUGUUCCCGAUACCUUACGCCCUUCCUAAGUUGGACCUAGUCUCUCUGCCACCUGGGAUCGACGAGAGCGUUGCUAGUCCGGGAUUAAUUGCAAUCAAGCAGUCUGCAUUCUUCACCACUGAUAUGUCACCGCUCGUCACCAAGAACGAAGCUCUGAAGGCUCUAGUCACUUUAUUCGGGCAACAAUUGCUCGACGAAUUCAUGAACGUGAAUCGUACGGACGCGUGGUUAUUUGAGGGUUCGCUGAUUUACUUUCAACACGAAGUUACACCAAAGAUAGAUUCGUCAUUGAACUUGAGCAAUUCCUUCGUCACGGACGUUCAGAUGAAAAUGAUGGACAUCGAUAGUUACAGUAUUUCAAGGGCGUUUCAUGAGAACAUCAACUAUCGACUGCUGCAGUCUUUCAAUGACGAAUACGCAAAAAGUGCAUGUCUGAUACGCAUGUUGCAUGGUGCAAUAAGUGAUACAGCCUUUAGGAAUGGCUACAGGAAAUUGGUGACCAGGUGGAAGAACAACACUACAUACGUUCUCGAUUUUAUGACUGUUAUGGCGGAGGAAUCCUCCGAUCUUCUACUUCCCUCCGGAGUUACCCUGGAGGAGUCAAUGAACUCUUGGGCCCGUCAAGGCGGAUAUCCACUUGUCACUGUCAUCAGAAAUUAUGACGAAGAUUCCCUCACGAUUUAUCAGGAACAAUUUACAUUAGACAGAUCAUUAGAAGAUGUUUCCAAAUUCUGGUACAUUCCGCUGAGUUAUGUCACCGAAAAUGGCAGCUGGUCGUCUCCAAUGAAAGUCUUCUUUCCAUCUGAGCCACAAUUGAGUUUAGAUAAUGUUGUCUCCAAUGAAUCUUGGAUUCUCUUUAAUGUAAAUAAGACUGGUUACUAUCGGGUACAUUACGACGACAGGAAUUGGAUGAUGUUGAAAUCGUCGCUGCAAGUAAAUCACGAGUUAUUCCCUGCAGAAACGAGAGCGUCGCUCAUAGAUGACGUUUUCAGCCUCGCCGCGGUGGGCCUGAUGAAAUACGAAACUGUCUUUGACUUCAUUAAAUAUAUGCAGAUCAAGGAGCGACAUUACUUGCCGUGGACGGCGUUGAUGCGACACGCGUUCAAAUUAAAUAGGCUUCUGUACGAAACACCAAUUUUUACAGAUUUCCAGGAAUUUAUGAUGAAUUUUGUAUCUCCGUUGUACACCGAAGAGGGAUCGAAAAUCAAAGAAGGCUCCCAUCUAACGAAAAUCGCUAUAAAAAUGGCGUGCACGUUUGAUAAUACACAGUGCCUAGACUGGGUGAAGAACGUAUUCGAGAAUUCAAAGACUGAUACUGAAAUGGAAGAAAUCGUCCCCUCGUACAUUCGCAGGACAUUUUAUUGUACCCUUGCUCGUUACGGUACAAAGAAGGAGUGGAAUUACUUCACGGAAAGAGUAACUCUAAUCGAAGACGAGGAAGAGAGGAAACGUCUAUUAACAUCAUUCGCUUGCUUCCAAGCGCCCUGGAUUUUACAGUCUAUUCUCAACGAAAUACUCUACGAAGAAACAUUCCAUGAGGACGAAGCCUUAGUAAUAUUAAGAGCGUUCCCUCGAAACCCAGCUGCGGCGCAGGUUGCAUCUCGAUUCGUGAGAGCCAAUUGGCAGGAAAUUUCUCAAAAAUUCCUUGGGUCUUAUUCAAUGCUGAAGUCUUUCGUGUUAUCGAUGAGCAAUGGCUUAACCACUGAACAGGACUUGGAUGAUUUACAAGCAUUCAGAGGAAAUAAUUACGAUAGUAUGAAAGGAGCUAGAUUCGCGGCAGCACUCGUGGAAGCAAAUGGAAAUUUCGUAACAUCGUGGCUGAAGAAUUCGUUACCGGAAAUUGAAAAGUUGAUCAAGGGUGACGUUGGCAAUACGACUUCGAUCUCAUGAAUAAAAGAACAAAAAUGUAAA